GGGUCACGCCUACGUCACAGGGUCACGUGAAGCUGCACAGACAGAAGGGCACUCGCCACCCACUUUACCCGACCCCCACCCACGUGACCCUGCCCAGAAGACAAUGAUGUCACCCCUUCCCUUCCACAUCCUCCUCCUGAUGGUCGGGGCCUCUGCGGGCGGUGGCCCCAACUUCCUGCUCAUCAUGGCUGACGACUUAGGCAUUGGGGACCCUGGAUGCUAUGGCAACACCACACUCAGGACGCCCAACAUUGACCGCCUAGCCCGAGAGGGCGUGAAACUGACACAGCACCUAGCAGCCUCUCCCCUGUGCACACCAAGCCGAGCAGCCUUCCUGACAGGGCGGUACCCAGUGCGGUCUGGCAUGGCAUCCUGGAACACUGUGGGUGUCUUCCUGUUCACUGCAUCCUCGGGAGGUCUCCCCUCUAGUGAGGUCACGUUUGCGCAGCUGCUGAGGGAACAGGGGUACAGCACUGGGCUCGUGGGGAAGUGGCACCUGGGCCUGAGCUGCCAAGCAGCCCGCGACUUCUGCCACCACCCACUGCGCCAUGGGUUCGAGUUCUUCCACGGGGCCCCAACCACGAACUUGCGAGAUUGCCGAGUGGGGGCUGGGUCGGUGUUCGGCCCCGCCUACCACAUGCUGCUGUGGGUGCCCCUGCAGGUGCUGUGCACGACAGCACUGGGACUGGCAGCACUGCGUGCUCUGGGGGUCCUGGCGGUGCCAUUCUCCGCCUUCCUCGUGCUCGCCCUUGCAGUGGGCACCCUAGCUGCAGCCUACCUUGCCUUCCAGCAUUAUUUCCGUCCAACCAACUGCUUCCUCAUGCGCGGCUUCGAGGUCAUGCAGAGGCCCAUGGACUAUGCAGGACUGGCCGGGAGGCUCACAGAAGAGGCAGUGGGGUUCCUGCACAGGUACUCCCACGGCCCCUUCCUGCUCUUCCUGUCCUUCCUGCAUGUGCACACAGCCCACUUCGCUGGUCCCAGUUUCGUGGGGCGGAGCCGACAUGGGGUCUAUGGGGAUGCAGUUGAGGAGAUGGACUGGAGCGUUGGGCGCGUGCUGGACACCCUGGACGAACUGGGGCUGACGAACAACACGCUUGUGUACUUCUCGUCAGACCAUGGUGCACACGUGGAGGAGGUCGGGGCCCGGGGCGAGGCUCACGGUGGAAGCAAUGGUGCCUACAGAGGCGGGAAGGGCAACAACUGGGAGGGCGGCAUCCGUGUGCCAGGCCUGGUGCGCUGGCCAGGCGUGCUCCCAGCUGGCGUGGAGAUCGAUGAGCCCACAAGCAACAUGGACGUAUUCCCCACGGUGGUCAGGCUGGCGGGUGCGGAGCUGCCAAGGGACAGAGUUAUCGAUGGCCGAGACCUGAUGCCUUUGCUGCGAGGUCAGAGGAUGCACUCGGAACAUGAUUUCUUGUUCCACUACUGCAAUGCAUACAUGAACGCGGUUCGCUGGCGGCCGCCCAACGGCACCUCGGUGUGGAAGGCCUUCUUCUUCACGCCCGACUUCAGCCCUGCUGACGCCAACGGCUGCCCCAGUGAACAUGUGUGCCCCUGCUACGGUACUGGUAUCACACAUCAUGACCCGCCACUGCUGUUCGAUGUCACGCGUGACCCGGGCGAGCGCCACCCCGUGACCAUGAGGGAGGAGCCGCGCUUCCAUGCCAUCCUGGCUACCAUGCAGGAUGCCGCCACUCAUCACCUACACUCUGUGUCCCCAGAGGUGCCCAACCAGCUCUCCUUGGCUAACCUCAUAUGGAAGCCAUGGCUGCAGCUCUGAUGACUGCAUGCAGGCUGCUCCUGCCCAAGGAACCCGCCAAGGUUAUACAGGGUCAUACACAUGGGGUCACAUACCCGCAGGAUCCCGCCACAUCACUGGGUCGCCCUGGGACACAUGUGUUCCUUGCUCUGACUCCCAAACUCCGAGGUUUCCCAUGUCCCCUCCUAUAUCCACAGGGCAUGAAGGAAGGUUGCCAGGUUCUGCCAUAUCAGUAUUACUUAUAUGUGGGCCCAUUCCAGCUUCUAUGUAAUAAAAUGGAAAC